AUGAGAAAGAUUGGAUAUGAAAAUUCCACAUUAGAAUUCAGAUGUUUAAAUUUAUUUAUGUUGUUGUGGUAUUUAAUUAAAGAGGAGACUGAAAAAAGAGUUGAAUAUGAAAAAGAACAAAAUAAUUAGGAAUGGAAAUAAAGAUAUGUACAAAAAUUAAAUGAGAGAAAUUGA